UGUAUUGGCCAAUUUUGGUUGACCGUUCAAGCGUCGCUUUCUCAUUUCAACUCUUCACCAAUUGAAAAAAUUUCAUGUCUUCCAAUCGCACUUGUAAGUUCUUUCCAUUGGGAUUAUCGGGAUGUAGAAAAUUCUGUAUCCCAGUCGCUCUCGUCUGCCUCUCUGUAUAACCUAGACUCCCUUUCUCUCUUCAAUCAAUUUUCACUCCCUCUGCGCAAUUAGGUUUCUAAAUCUGUGCAUAGAUGACCUCUAUUGACACCAUCAUUGGCGGCGCCAACGACGGAGGAGGAGGAGAUACUCGAUCCAUCAUCGACCAUGCCCACGUUGUCGAAAUGGUUCAAUCGUCGCCGGAAUUUUCUGCUGCAGAUUCUGUUUCAAAUGACCAGAUUACUCCUCUUUUGGCCCCUUCGGAGAUACCAAAGAUUAACAUCUUCUCCGUUUCCCAUUCCAGGCGAAAACCCAUCAGGGAUCAAGCCACGAAUUUAUUAGAAGCGGAGGCAUCACCUUUCACGCAGUUCCUUUUGUGGGCAUGGAAUGGAUCUAGGUAUUCUGGUCUAAUAUGCAUGGCCUUGUCAUCUACUAUCUACUGUGCCAUGGAAGUCAUUUCGGAUAAAUGUUCUGUGCAAGCUAUUCCUCUAUUUGAGGUAGCAUUUAUAAGAAGUACAGUUGCCUUGAUAUUGUCGUUGAUAUGGCUGAGAAAGCGUGGACAGCCAAUAUUUGGUCCAGCAAAUGUUGGGAAUCUUUUGAUUUCACGGUCUUUAACCGGAUAUCUCUCUUUGUUAAGUUUUAUUUACUGCAUCAAGAGGCUACCCUUAUCCCAGGCUAUCUUAUUGAGCUUUACAACUCCCAUCAUGGCAUCAACAGCGGCCAGGAUCAUUUUGCAUGAAAGGCUAAAAAUCGCAGAGAUAGGAGGUCUUGCUUGCAGUUUCUUCGGGGUGCUAUUCAUUUUUAGGCCAACGGUUAUGACACAAGGAUGGCUAGGGAAAACUGCUGAAGUGAAUGAUUCAUAUAUUGAGGGAAACCACCAUAUAUAUGCAGUAUUAGUUGGCUUGUUUUCAUCAUUAACUGGUGGAAUUAGUUACUGCCUUAUAAGAGCUGCAUCAAAGGCAUCUGAUCAACCUGUGGUUACAGUAUUUUCAUUUGGAGCACUAGCCAGCCCUGCUUCUUUAUUAGGCUUGUUAAUCUUUGAGGAACCUUUGCUUCCUAGUUUGUAUUCUUGCAUUCUCAUGGUUGUUCUUGGUGUAUUAGCAUUCUUUGCAGAGGUGCUAUUGGCACGAGGACUUCAGCUUGAGAAAACCAGCAAAGUCACAAAUAUUCUGUACAUUGAGGCAGCUAUUUCACAAAUAUGGGGCAUGAGUAUAUCACAAGUAGCCCCGUCAUUUGGUAGAAUUGUGGGUUGUUUAUUGAUUUUUAUAUCGAUAGGCUGCACCAUGUACAUCGGCCCCGAGAAGGAGACAGAAUGAACCGCCUAGAGGCUGCACCAUGUACAUCGGCCGAGAUGAACCGACUAUCAUCAUAAGACUUGGGAGAAAAAAAUCCCCCAUUCUUUGUUGUACUAGAGUAAAGUUGUUUUUAUCUUUGAAAUUUUUGUGACCAGCUUUGAAAGUUAGCUUAAUUACUUCUUCAACUAGAUUGUCUCCUAUUAUGCAACUAAGUAUUCUUCUUCUUUCCUCA